UCAGUGUCACAUCCUUGUCAGUCAGUCUGUGUUCAUCUUGCCUGCAGCUCAUCUUGCAGGAUGAAAGUCCACUGGUGGAGUUGGGUGUUGGGAUUUCUCUGCAUGCCUGCUGAGGUGAUGCUCUACAAUUGGACAGUCUCUCAAAGCCCCUCGUCCCUCUCUUUCAUGAGAGUGAACUCAUCGGUUGAGAUCUCGUGCUCCACGUCGCUGUCCGACCCGGACGGUCUCUACCUGUACGGGCGUUUCCACGGCGAUAAGAGCAUCGUGUACCUAUCCUUGCACGAUGGACAAGUCGUCAAAACCACCCCGGCUACAGAAUUUACAGGCCGAAUUCACGUGACUCCAGAGCAGCAGAUGGAGGCAGGUACUGGGUUCACGCUGAAUCUGUCUCUGCUGGAGCUCAGUGACACCGACUUCUACUACUGCUCCUGGACUCACUUCGUAUCGCAGACUGGCAGACUGGAAAACCAGCCAAGCAAUGGCACCGUGAUCAUUAUCACAGAGCACGAUCCUCAUCUUCACUGCAGGGACCAGAUCUGGGAUCUGACCUUGAUUUUCUCAGCAGCAUUCACUGGCAUCCUGCUCUUCAUCAUUGUAGCACUGGUUCUGCAAUGCAGAGCGUUUAAGAAGAACUUCAGACCUGCCAGAGCUGAAAAACUACUCAGACCCAGAAGCCCUCCGCACGUUUGCCCUCAGCACAGGACACAGGAGUGCAGCCCCUAUAUGGUCACAUCUACGAAUGCUCUGGACUUCAGGGGCAUUCUGUGA